UCAUGCUCUGCAAGUACUCGUACUACUCUUGCAAUUACAGUACCCUUGUAAAAUUACCUAAGAGGCUUCUCUAUAUUUUCUUCAUGAUCACCUUUUUCUUUCUUCUCAUCAUCCCUCUUGCAACACCAUUAGAAUUCAACAUCCCUGCAAUCACAAGCAAUGAUCUAAACGUCAAAAUAAGAGUCUACGGAGACUCUUAUGUCUCAGCACAAGGCCUCCAAGUCACCCCAGACGAGCGCGGCCAAGCGCCAACAGAUAAAGUUGGUCGAGCCACAUAUAUUGAAGCUCUGCACAUUUGGGACAAGGCUUCUCAAAACAUAGCAGACUUCGCCACCAAUUUCUCCUUUGUCAUUGAUUCAGGAGGAAGUUUAAACCACGGCGAUGGAUUUGCAUUCUUCCUGCUUCCCUAUGUUUCGAAUAUAAGUACUAUCCUCAACACAAAAGGAGGUGCUCUUGGUCUUCCAAUCGACCCUGUCACAAUUAACGCCACCACUCCAUUUGUUGCUGUGGAGUUCGACACUUUUAAGAAUGAUUGGGAUCCAUACAACCAGACCGACAGUCAUGUAGGUAUCAAUCUUAGCUCUUUGAGAUCUGUUAACACUUCAAUAUGGUAUGGUAAUAUUACUCAAGGGGGAGAAAAUGAAGCAUCGAUUACUUAUAAUUCUAGAUCGAAAACUUUGAGUGUCAGCUUCACUAGUAUUGUAAAUAAUGCAAUAGUUCGACAAGAUAACCUUAGUUGCAUUGUUGAUUUGAGUGUCAUCUUGCCGGAAAUGGUUUAUUUUGGCUUUUCAGCCUCAACCGGAGCAUCUUUCGAAAAACAUGCCAUUAAAUCAUGGAGUUUCAGUUCAACAGAUCUGCCAGUACCAGUGGCACCGAGCCCCAGUUCAGGCUCAACAGAUCCAGUGCCGGAGACACCAAGCACCAGUCCAGGCCCCAAACCUAAAGGAAAGACGGCACUAGUGGUGGGAUUAGGUGUUGGCUCAUGUGUUUUGGUUGGUGGAUUGGGUUUGAUUGCCAUUUGCUUGUGGAAGAGAAGGAGUGCAGGAAAAGAAGAAGAAGCGGCAUUUGUCUUUGAACUAUCCAUGAAUGAUGAAUUUGAGAAGGGUAUUGGACCAAAGAAAUUUUCCUACAGUGAGUUGGCUCAUUCGACAAAUAACUUUGAUGAAGAAGUAAAGCUUGGAGAGGGAGGGUUUGGUGGUGUUUAUAGAGGUUUCUUGAGGGAGACGGCUUCUUAUGUUGCGGUGAAGAGGGUCUCAAGAAGUUCUAAGCAAGGUCUUAAAGAGUAUGCAUCGGAGGUUAAGAUCAUUAGCAGAUUAAGGCAUAAGAAUUUGGUGCAGCUCAUUGGUUGGUGCCAUGAAAAAAAUGAGCUACUACUUGUUUACGAGUUCAUGCCAAAUGGGAGCUUAGAUUCCCAUCUUUUCAAAGGAAAAAGCUUAUUGACAUGGGCAAUGAGGUACAAAAUUUUCCAUGGCUUGGCCUCUGCGUUGCUCUAUCUUCACGAAGAGUGGGAACAAUGCGUGCUGCAUAGGGAUAUUAAAUCAAGCAAUAUUAUGCUGGAUUCAAAUUUCAAUGCCAAAGUUGGGGAUUUUGGGCUAGCCAGGCUCGUUGACCAUGAAAAAGGAUCCCAAACAACACUUUUGGCAGGGACAAUGGGCUACAUGGCUCCUGAAUGUGUCCUUACGGGCAAGUCUAGUAAGGAAUCAGAUGUUUACAGCUUGGGAAUCGUUGCACUGGAAAUAGCAUGUGGAAGAAAACCAAUUAAUCUCAGGGCACCAGAAACUCAAUCAAGACUGGUGGAGUGGGUUUGGGACCUCUAUGGAACAGGAGAGCUUCUUGAAGCAGUAGAUCCCAAAUUAUGUGCCGAUUUUGAUGAGCAAGAGAUCAAAUGUUUGAUGAUUGUUGGGCUUUGGUGUGCUCAUCCUGAUUACAAUCUCAGGCCUUCAAUUAGACAGGCAAUUCAUGUGCUUAAUUUUGAAACUCCACUUCCCGUUCUCCCAUCAAAGAUGCCCGUACCAACAUAUCUUGCCCCUGAUCCAGUGAAUGCACCUGUAUCUUCAUUUUCAUUAUCCUUUGAUAUCACUGUCUCUGAGAGUAACCAAAUCCAUUAUUCGAGCGGCAGUUACAAUACUGAUUCCUCAAAGCUUACCACGUCUUCUACAAUUUCCUCUGCAACUGCAUCUCUUUUGCAUACACGGUAAGGUGAUUUGAA